AUGGUCGUCGAUUUCAUACACUCCACCACCCAUGUUCGUUCCAGGACUUAUGAAGACUUGAAUCCCAUCACUAAUUUCAGCUCUGAAAUUCCAAAUUCGCACUCAUUCAUCCUCUUUUUUGCGAUUUAUGUUCCGAGAUGCAAUGUCAACAGAAAAACCAACAUCGGAAGUGGGACUUACCGGAUAGGAAAUGGAGGUAGCAGCUGGCGCCGGCAGCUGUGGUCUGGAGCGAGAUUGGAAGAGGGUCGCCGGUGGGAGAAAAACGAAGCUAUGGUCUCGUCGGUGGUGAAGAAAAAUCAAAUCCAAUGGAGAAUAAGGUUCAAGAGAAGGGGUUGCAGAAUCCAUCAUUUAUUGACUGAUGCAGAUUUAAAAAAGUUUCUUGGUAAUAACACCUUUCUCCAUCUUACUAAAAUAGAGAGCAACGGAGGUCGACUCACCGCUCCCCCUUCCGAUCAUUCGUCUCCAUCGCCUCUGUCCACCUGUGCUUCUGAUUGUCUACUUUUUUCUAUUCAUCAUCUUAUCUUCAGAUGGUGUUUGUUGAAGCUGAUCUGUUUGGGACGGCGUAUCGGGAAUGUUUACCAACUGAAGUGGGGAGGAGGAUCGGAAAUUUAA